GUGUGCUCUCAAUCUACCAUGGUAAUUUUCAAUAACACCACAUCAUCUUCCCCAGAUGUCCUAUUCACUGCAUUUCCUGGGCUGGAACUUGCUCACGUCUGGAUCUCCAUCCCUGUCUGCUGUCUCUACAUCAUUGCCCUCUUGGGAAAUAGCAUGAUUCUGCUUGUCAUCAUCAUUGAGAAGAGUCUCCACAAGCCCAUGUACUAUUUCCUCUCCAUGCUGUCAACCGUUGAUCUCUGUCUGACCAUCUCAACUCUUCCCACUGUGCUUGGGGUUCUCUGGUUUCACACUCGGGAGAUUAGCUUGAAAGCUUGCCUCAUUCAAAUGUUCUUUGUGCAUGGCUUCUCCAUCCUGGAGUCCUCAGUGCUGGUAGCCAUGGCCUUUGACCGCUUUAUGGCUAUCUGUAACCCACUGAAGUAUGCCAUUGUCUUCACAGACAUGAUAAUCUUGCUGAUUGGACUGGUCAUCUGCCUGCGGCAAGUUGUUUUCACCUUUCCCAUGGUUCUAGCCUUGAAGAACGUAUCUUUCCAUGCAGGCAAAGAGCUUUCCCACCCAUUCUGCUACCACCCAGAUAUGAUCAAAUACACAUAUUCCAACCCCUGGAUCAGCAAUUUUUUGGGCAUGUUUCUGCAGCUCUACCUGACUGGCACGGGCUUACUGUUCAUUCUUUUCUCCUACGUUCUGAUUCUUCGAACCAUCUUGAGCAUCGUGGCCCCUAAGAAGCAACAAAAAGCUCUCAGCACUUGUGUCUGUCACAUCUGUGCUGUCACUGUUUUCUAUGUGCCAAUGAUCAGCCUGCCCUUUACAUACUGCCUUCUCAGCUCCACCCCAAGAGUGGUCUGUAGCAUUCUGGCCAAUGUUUACUUGCUCUUACCAUCUGUACUGAACCCUAUCAUUUAUAGCUUGAAGACCAAGAUGAUCCGCCAGGCUAUUCUCCAGCUGCUCCAGUUUAAAGGCUCACAGGGCCCCAGUGUGAGAGGUCUUAGAGGAUGGUGGGAUUGA